AUGGCCACCGACCAAGAAGAGAUGAGCGCUAUCUGGCGCAACCUUCCCCUCGACAUCUCAAGGAUAAUCAUCAUCGAAAACGCGCUCACACCCCUUCAGAUCAACGCGUACGGUGAGAACCUCCAAGAACACUCCCAAGCCCUCGACCUCUCCAACUGGCAAAUCGUCCGCACUUCCCUAUCCAUCUCCCACUUCACCCGUAAAUCAGCACUGAACACUCUCAAAACCCACGGCGCAAUCGAGCACAUCUACCUCGACUUUCCCCGUCGAUUCGCUCCACCUGGUCCCCACCUCCCUGAGCCAUCGUUCGCUCUUUUGCGACACUUCCGGUGGGUGUUUAUGGCGCAGGAGGACAGUAGGUUGUUCGUUAGGAUGCCUGUUGCUGGUACGCUGAGGAGGGUGGAGCGGUUGGAGUCUGCGCCUAUGAAGUCGAUGUCGGACGAGGAGUUUGAGAAUUUUAUGACGUUGUGGUGCGAUAUGGGGAGGUGCAAGUCGUGGAUGUUCUGUGGGGUUGGGGGGUGGGAUAUGAGUGCUGCUGUUGGAGAUGGUGCAGAUGUGCGGAAGCUGAUUGUGUGGACUGAGUAG